AUGGAUUUUGACGACGACGACGACUGGAAUUUCAGCGCCGAAGAGCUCGAUUCUCUCGAAAGAGACGCUUUGCAGAAACUCUCUCAGCAACGCCUCAACUCCGCUUCCACUUGUUCUUCUUCGUUCAAUUGCCACCACCGCCCGCACCAGUCUUUACCAACCACCGCCAGCUUCAUUUCUAACCAGGUGCCACCGCCACCGCGGCCACCUUUGUCUCCUGGACCCAGAGUGUUACCUUCUUCUCUCGAAGCUAAAGUAAACCCUGUUGAACGGAAGCUCACUGUCAAAUUUUUUCUUCAUGCUACUGGAAACAUUGCUGCCAAAUUUUCUUAUGACCAGGCGGUUGUAGCUGCUUUCCGCAAGAUCCCCAAAGCCGCAUGGCAUGCCAACGAAAGGUUAUGGAUGUUCCCUGUGUCUUCAUUGUCAUCAGCAGAAAAAGUUCUCUACGAAGUAUCGGGAGUUAAUGUUGAGAUAGAGAACUUAGAUCCCUUAGUCCACCGGGCCAUUGCUGCUGUGUCUGUUGUUCCAGAUAUUAGAGACCGGUAUGACAGGAUACCUAGCUGUAUUGAAUCAAAGCUCUUGGCAUUUCAGCGAGAAGGUGUAAGGUUUAUCUUGCAGCAUGGAGGGCGUGCACUCCUUGCUGAUGAAAUGGGACUGGGAAAGACUAUACAGGCUAUUGCUGUGGCUUCCUGCAUUCAUGACUCAUGGCCUGUUCUUAUACUCACACCAUCUUCCUUGCGUCUGCAAUGGGCCUCUAUGAUUCAACAAUGGAUGAACAUUCCUCCAUCAGAUAUACUAGUUGUUUUGUCUCAAUGUGGGGGUUCAAACAAAGCUGGAUAUACAUUAGUAUCCUCAAGUUCCAAAGGGACGAUUCAUCUUGACGGCCUAUUUAACAUCAUCUCUUAUGACAUAGUCCCUAAAUUACAGAAUCAGCUGAUGGCAUCAGAUUUUAAGGUUGUGAUCGCAGAUGAGUCACACUUUUUAAAAAAUGCUCAAGCAAAGAGGACAACAGCUUCCCUGCCUGUCAUCAAGAAAGCUAAAUAUGCAAUACUGUUAAGUGGAACUCCUGCAUUGUCCCGCCCGAUCGAACUGUUUAAGCAGUUGGAAGCCUUGUAUCCUGAUGUAUACAAAAAUGUUCAUGAAUAUGGAAAACGAUAUUGCAAGGGUGGAACAUUCGGAGUGUAUCAAGGUGCAAGUAACCAUGAAGAAUUGCAUAAUUUGAUGAAGGCUACAGUGAUGAUUCGCAGACUUAAAAAUGAUGUGCUCUCUGAACUUCCUGUAAAGCGCAGACAACAGGUCUUCUUAGAUUUGGCUGAAAAGGACAUGAAACAAAUUAACGCUUUAUUUCGUGAGUUGGAGGUGGUAAAGCUGAAAAUUAAGGCCUGCAAAUCGAAAGAAGAAGUUGAUUCGCUAAAAUUUAUGGAGAAGAAUCUUAUUAAUAAGAUUUAUACUGAUUCAGCUGUGGCCAAGAUCCCAGCAGUUCUGGAUUACCUGGGAACUGUCAUCGAGGCUGGUUGCAAGUUUCUAGUAUUUGCACAUCAUCAAUCCAUGAUCGAUGCAAUAUAUCAGUUUCUUCUGAAGAAGAAAGUGAGUUGCAUUCGAAUUGAUGGAAGUAUACCUACAGUAGAGAGGCAAGCAUAUGUUACGCAAUUUCAAGAAAAAGAUUCGGUCAAGGCAGCAGUGCUAUCUAUCAAAGCCGGAGGUGUGGGAUUAACUUUAACAGCUGCAAGCACGGUAUUAUUUGCAGAAUUGUCGUGGACUCCUGGUGACCUAAUUCAAGCUGAAGAUCGUGCUCACAGAAUUGGCCAGGUAUCUUCGGUCAAUGUAUACUACCUUCUAGCGAACGACACAGUUGAUGACAUCAUAUGGGAUGUUGUUCAGAGCAAGUUGGAAAAUCUGGGACAGAUGCUGGAUGGCCAUGAGAAUUCAUUGGAAGUUUCUGACAGCCUGCCACGAAGUAGCCCUGCCAAGCAGAAAACGCGAAGUAGCCCUGCCAAGCAGAAAAUGCGAAGUAGCCCUGCCAAGCAGAAAACACUCGACUCUUUCUUAAAAGGUUCAACCACCCAGGCAGAAACCAGCCCAGGAAAGCAGAAAACACUUGAUUCCUUCCUGAAGCGCUGCAACAACAGUGAAGAUCAUGAAAUUGAGCCUAAAACUAAAAACCCAAGGCUGUAACAGACUACAGGAUGCUAGUUUCAUAAUGAGAAUUAGUUGAUAUAGAGAAGCAUUCGGGUUUUGGAUCGAGAAAGAAAAUGGGGUUGCAAGUUGGGUGACAAGCAUCGACUUGUAUAUCCACUAGUUGGAUGCUUGCGAAAUUGCUCAAAUUGAUACGCUUCAAGAAAUGGGGGAAUUCCAUGUUAAGCGACCCAGCUUUUCCUCUACCAUAUGGAAGAAGAUGCGGGCUUCUUAAAUUGUAUAACCAUGUACAUGCAGAGUUGCAGACUGAUGUAUAUAAUUCUACUGCAAGAAAAUGUAGAAGUUGCCCAGAUUUUCCUGCAAUCUUGUUUUUAUCCUCAAUGAGUGGAGUGGAGUCGGGAUGGUAUUCCUACAA